CGCAUCCGCCUCGGCGGCCACCUGGAGCAGUGGUGCCGCCUCAAGGAGCAGCUGGGCUUCUCCCUGCACUCCCAGCUGGCCAAGUACCUCCUCGACAGGUACAGUUCCCAAGGGUGUCUCCUGAGCCCAGGAGCAGGCGACCCGGAGCCUGGCCUUCUCCACGCUCGCGCCCUGCAGCGCCUGGUUGUCCUCUCGCACGACCACAGCCGGGAGUGCAGCUUCAUCCCGGACGUGAAAGCGCCCUCCCAGGGGACGCCGGGCAACCUGAGCCCUGCGAGACAGCCAGGGAGGCAGAGCCCAGCCCGAGGAAGGACGGAGGUGAACCAGAGAGGACGGAAACCCUGUCGCCUGCCGGCGACGCGGACCAGAGGGAAGAGCCAGGAGCCGGCAGCAGCAACGCUGACGCAGGUGAGUUCAGGAGCGAGCGGUUACGGACAACUUUCCCUCCCGUCCCCCGACCGGGAAGGAACCUGUGUUCCCUUUCUCCAUUCCCUUGACCUCAACUUUUCCAGAGCCUGCAGGUUUCUCAGCCCUCUUCCCAAGCCUGUCCGCUCCUCUGCUGUUAACUGCUCGUCCUUCCUCUGCCUCUCCCAAGAUCCCAGCUACGAGAGCCCGUCUCCUGCCUUAACUUACCGUGGCUCCUUCCCUCUCCUCACAGCUCCCCAAACACAGACGGAGACGGGGACCGCAGCAGCAGGUCGAGAGAGCACGCCUGUUUCACAGGAGAAACUGGAGCAGGGCUCCGAGCCCCGAGAAGAAGAGGACGAAGAAGAGGACGAGGACUUCGCUGAGGAAGAUGACCUUGCCUACACCGACGAUCUGCGAGAUGAGAACUACCACCCUUCUCUGGACAGUGACUCCGAGCUGCAGAGACGACAGAGCCAGAGCAAGGCCCGCAAGAAACCCGCAAAGGAGGAGCGACCCCUCGCCGAGACCAGCCCAGCUGAUGCCAGCCCCACGGAGGAGAAGGGUGGGCGAGUCAGCUGCAAGAAGCGAGCGGGGAUGCGUGAUGAGGACGUGGCCCAGAUCGGCCCGAAGAGAAUCAGGAAGGCAGCAAAACGUGAGAUCCUCCUGUGCGACUUUGAAGGCUGUGGGAAGAUCUUCUCCAACCGCCAGUACCUGAACCAUCACAAGAAGUACCAGCAUGUCCACCAGAAGACCUUCACCUGCUCCGAGCCCAGCUGUGGCAAGUCCUUCAACUUCAAGAAGCACCUCAAGGAGCACGAGAAGCUGCACAGCGACAAGCGGGACUAUAUCUGCGAGUUUUGUGCCCGGUCCUUUCGCACCAGCAGCAAUCUGAUCAUCCACCGACGCAUCCACACGGGAGAGAAACCCCUUCAGUGUGGGAUUUGAGGCUUCACCUGCCGCCAGAAAGCCUCCCUCAACUGGCACAUGAAGAAGCACGACGCCGACGCCUUCUACCAGUUCUCCUGCGACCUCUGCGGCAAGAAGUUCGAGAAGAAGGACAACGUGGCAGCCCACAAAAGCAAAAGCCACCCCGCGAGGGAGCAGGCGCUUCAUCUCCAACUCGGGAAGGUUCCACAAUAA